CACGCACAGUACAGAUGAUCAACGUGGUACACAGACGGAGGUCAACAGAUGUAUUCAUCCGCUGUCUAAAUUAAUCUUAUUUUGACAAUAUCGCAGUCCGCGAAUUUCAAUUUCGUUUUCACGCUAAAUAUAUUUCGGCGGUGCUAGGACAUUCCAAAUUUUAAAAAUAGUCGAUCUGCGUUCCAGGUAGAACACAUUACGACCGUCUGAGAAAAAUCGUCACCGGUUGUUUUAUGAAUUAUAUCAGUGUACCAUCAGUAACCUCUGUACAUGGUAUAUCAUAUUUGGUUAUCUACAUGAAGUACAGUUUCUUAGAUUAGGCUGUAUUGUCGUUGCCGCCAAGAUCAAGUCAAAGACAUGGCGUUGGAUUUUAUCGGUGGUUGCCUUGGAGGGAGUGCUGGUGUUAUUGUAGGACAUCCGUUUGACACUGUGAAAGUGCGUUUACAAAUACAAGGGGCAAGUAAUGCAAAGUAUAAAGGAACGUUUCAUUGUUUUUCUCUGAUCAUAAAAAAAGAAUCGGUAUUUGGUUUAUACAAAGGAAUGGCAUCUCCUUUGGCGGGUCUAACUUUUAUCAAUGCCAUUGUGUUUGGAGUACAAGGGAAUAUGCUUAGACGCUUUGAGCAUCCAACUAUUGCCAGUAACUUCAUAGCGGGUGCAGUGGCAGGUGGCCUGCAGUGCAUCAUAUGUUGUCCCAUGGAGUUGGCCAAGACCAGAAUGCAAAUACAAGGCCAAGGUGAAAGUAGACGUUACUUUCAGUCUACUCAGCACGAUUACAAAGGUUCCAUCGAUUGUAUUAAGAAGAUCUACCAUCAAGAAGGAAUAAAAGGCUGCUACCGUGGGAUGGUCCCAACACUCCUCCGAGAAAUUCCGAGUUUUGGUGUCUAUUUUGCUGCAUAUGAGUUCUUUUGUUCAAACUUUGAGAAACGAAGCACAACUGAGCAUCUGGGAUUAGUACAACUAUUGUUAGCAGGUGGUUUUAGUGGUAUGUGUUCUUGGAUGUCUACAUAUCCUGUCGAUGUGAUCAAGUCACGCUUACAAGCAGAUGGAAUGCAUCAUAUCAACAAAUAUAAUGGAAUUAUUGAUUGCAUUGUGAAGAGCUACAAGGAACCAGGUAGUGGAGGGAUAAAGGUGUUUUUUCGUGGACUUAAUUCUACACUGCUUAGAGCAUUUCCUGUUAAUGCGGCAACUUUCACAGUUGUCACCUUGUUUUUGAGGUAUGCCAGACCAAAGUCAUCACAGCCUAGUGGAGAAUCUUUACUGUUGUAG